UUUAAGUAGCAAUAGUACUUGUUCUUGGCUAUGUCAAUAUUGUAGAAUUCAUCAUAGUUCCAAUAUAAUUCCUCAAUUUUCAUCCGCCAAUAUCUCAUUCUUUUUUCUCCUAUUGGUAUCCGCUAAGAAAAUGGCCAACAGUGGCAUUUUAGCAUUGGGAUUUAUAAUUGGUUUGAGCACUCUUUUCUUAAGUGCAAAUGCUUUCACAGCACAAUCUGGAUGGACAAGUGCUCAUGCCACAUUUUAUGGUGGAGCUGAUGCUUCUGGCACAAUGGGGGGUGCUUGUGGAUAUGGCAAUUUGUAUUCAACAGGAUAUGGAACUAGGACUGCAGCAUUGAGCACAGCAUUGUUCAAUGAUGGAGGAUCAUGUGGCCAAUGCUACAAAAUCAUAUGUGAUUAUAACGCAGACCCUAAAUGGUGCAAGAAGGGAGUAUCUGUUACAAUUACAGCUACAAAUUUUUGUCCACCAAAUUACAAUCUUCCUAGUAACAAUGGAGGAUGGUGCAACCCUCCUCGUCCACAUUUUGACAUGGCUCAACCUGCUUGGGAAAAGAUUGGCAUUUACAAAGGAGGCAUUGUUCCUGUGCUCUACAAAAGGGUACCUUGCAAGAAGAAGCAUGGAGUUAGAUUCACAAUAAAUGGAAGGGACUAUUUUGAACUAGUCUUGGUAAGCAAUGUAGGAGGGGCAGGAUCUGUUCAAUCUGUUCAAAUCAAAGGGUCAAACACAAACUGGCUAACCAUGUCUAGGAACUGGGGUGCAAGUUUUCAAUCCAAUGCAUAUCUUGAUGGACAAUCCAUAUCUUUUAAAGUCACUACUACUGAUGGUGUCACAAAAACAUUCUUAAAUGUUGUUCCAUCUAGUUGGAAAUUUGGGCAAACAUUCUCAAGUCACAUUCAAUUCUGAUCAUAUACAAGAAAAUGCUCAAAGAAUGUCUUUUAACCAGAGUUUAGUUUUUGGGUUUAUAGGGCUGCGGCGUGCUUACUAUUUACAGAAAGUAGCCCGCCCCCUUUUCUUUUGUUUUUAUUCAAUUAUUAUACAUACUAUUGGAAGAAAAAAAAACUCAAGGAGGAAUUGAAGAUUAAUUAUGGAGUGGUUUGACUGUUGAGGAGUUGGUGGUAAUUGGUAAAGUAAGCCCAUGAACUAUAGUCCAAAUAAAGCUGGUGAAAAAACAGAAAAUCAAUUAUUGAUGCGAGUAGGGGUAGUUUAAAAGAUUGUAUUUUACUAUAUGAAAGGAUAAAUAAGACAGUUUGUCUAGCUGCAUCAA